CCCUUUCGCCGGCUGCCGCGCUGCACCCCGGGAAGGAACCGAAGCCCGGUCACCUUUCAGGCGUCGGCACCGGCUUGGAUCCGAGGCGGCGGAGUCGCGAUGUGGUUCGAGAUCCUCCCCGGGGUCGCCGUGAUGGGCGCGUGCUUGUUCAUCCCCGGAGUGGCCACCGCCUACAUCCACAGGUUCUCCAAUGGGGGCAAGGAAAAAAGGAUUGCCCAUUUUUCCUAUCAGUGGAAUUUGAUGGAAAGAGACAGGCGCAUCUCAGGAGUUAACCGUUACUACGUGUCAAAGGGUUUGGAGAACAUUGAUUAAAAGAAGCAGUUUCCUGAUUGAUGAAAAAUAACUUAUGCACAUCUAACCCUACUAGAAAAUUCUGCACUACGUUAGGUAGCAUGGCAAAUAUAUUAUGUAAUGCUUAAUAAAAAUAAAAUGGA